UGACGAUUCGUCGUAAUUACUUUAAUUCGACUUUUUCUUAUAAUAAAAUACAUACUACUUCUAUAAAAUAUAACUCUCCCUCUAAAGGAACUAAUAAUCAUGAUCAGAAUAAAAAUAUUUCAUUAACCCCAAAACAAAAGAAACUCAUUGAUAGUAUGAUCAGAAUUGAUCAAGCUGGUGAAAUUGGUGCAAAUUACAUUUAUAAAGGUCAAAUGGCAAUUUUGGGUAACGAUAAAAAAGUUGGACCUAUCAUUCAAGAAAUGUGGGAACAAGAAAAAUAUCAUCUUAAAACUUUUGACGAGAUCAUACCACGUUAUAGAGUUAGACCCACAUUUUUACGUCCAGUAUGGGAAGCCGCGGGAUUCAUUCUUGGAGCUGGUACUGCUAUGAUGGGUAAAGAAGCUGCUAUGGCUUGUACGGAAGCUGUUGAAACUGUGAUUGGAGAACAUUACAAUGACCAAUUGCGAGAAUUGUUACACAUUGAAAACGAUGAUGUCUCCGAAUUGAGAAAGGUUAUUAAACAAUUUCGUGAUGAUGAAUUACAUCAUCUAGAUACUGCAGUGGAUUUGGAUGCACAAAAGGCACCAUUUCAUGGAAUUUUGACUUCAAUAAUACAUAAUGGUUGUAAAGCAGCAAUAUGGAUAACUAGUAGGAUUUAAGAAUAAAGAAUAGUUUAUGUUUAUAGAUA